ACAAAUAUUGACUUCCAAACACCUUCAAGUCUUCCAAUUUCAUUUACUCAUCUACUCAGGCCAUCUCUAUCCCCUUUCCAUAACAAAUCUCUCACAGAGCUUUGGAUUUUCCAACUUGCAAUUGCAAAUGGCUGAUGCUUUUGUUCAAAUUUUGCUGGAGAAUUUGGACUCACUCAUCCGAAAGGAGUUUGGGUUGCUUUGGGGUGUUAACAAAGAGAUGAAAAAACUUUCCAGCUUGCUCUCAACUAUUCAAGCUGUGCUAGAAGAUGCUGAGGAGAAGGAAGUGCAAGACAAGGCGCUUCAGAAUUGGCUGCAGAAGCUAAAAGAAGCAGCUUAUAAGUUAGAUGACAUCUUGGAUGAUUGUGCAACAGAAGUCUCUCGAUUAGAGUCUAAAGACCAAAAUUCAAGGUGUAUCAACAAGCUAAACACUUCUCUCUUAAAUAAACUUCGUCCAGAUACUAUUUUAUUUUGUCGCAAGAUUGGCAUUAGGAUGAGAGAGAUUAGAGAGAGGUUAGAUGAUAUUGCAGAGGAGAGGACAAAGUUUCAUUUGACUGAGGUAGUUUCACAGAGGGGAGCUGAAGUCAGAGAAAAACGCCAAACUGGCUCCAUCAUUACUCAACCUCACGUAUAUGGUAGAGAUGAAGAUAAAGAAAUAAUUGUUGAAAAUUUGGUGAAUCAUGUAGCUUGUGAUGACAUUUCCGUCUACCCUAUUGUUGGUAUUGGGGGGCUUGGGAAGACAACGCUUGCUCAGGUGGUCUACAAUGAUGAGAGAGUAAGCAUGCAUUUUGAGCUAAGAAUUUGGGUUUGCAUUUCAGAGGAUUUCAGUGUGAACAAGAUCAUAAAAGCUAUAAUUGGAUCUGCAACUGGAACUGCUUGUGAAGAUCUGGACUUAGACCCUUUGCAGAGACGCCUUCAAAAUAUAUUGAAUAGGAAAAGGUAUUUGCUUGUGCUAGAUGAUGUAUGGAGUGAAGAUGAAGAGAAGUGGGAUAGAUUAAAGUGUGUGUUGGCAUGUAGAUCGAAAGGUGCUUCGAUUAUUGUCACUACUCGAAGCAGAAAGGUUGCAUCCAUUAUGGGAACGCUUCCCAUGCAUCAUUUGUCAGGAUUAUCAGAAGAUGAAUGCUGGUUGUUGUUUAAAGAACGGGCAUUUGGACAAGAGAAAGAAGAACGUCCAAACCUUGUUGCAAUAGGGAAAGAGAUAGUGAAGAAGUGUAGCGGUGUGCCUCUGGCCGUGAAGUCUCUUGGAAGCUUGAUGCGUUAUAAAAGUGAGGAAAAUGAGUGGCUUUGUAUCAAGGAAAGUGAGCUCUGGAAUUUGCCACAAGAUAAAAAUUCCAUCUUACCAGCCUUAAGAUUGAGUUACUCCCAUUUACCAUCGGAAAUAAAAAGAUGUUUUGCCUUUUGUGCUGUCUUCCCAAAGGAUUCUGAAAUUGAGAGACAAAAGUUGAUUCAUCUUUGGAUGGCCAAUGGCUUUAUUCAGGGCAGUCAAAAUUUUGAGCCUGAAGAUGUUGGCAUUGAGAUAUGCAAUGAACUAUAUUGGCGAUCCGUUUUUCAAGAUGCAAAAAAAGAUAAGUUUGGGAAUAAUUUAUUAUUUAAAAUGCAUGAUCUUGUUCAUGAUCUAGCACAAUUUAUUGUGAAAGAUGAAUUUGCUGUAAUGGAGGCCAAAGGUUCAAAUAAUAUCUCAAAAAGCAUUCUUCAUGUCAGAAUAGAUGUUGAUUUGAGCCAAUCAUCAUAUAAAGGUUCUGAAGCUUUGUAUGGAGUUGAAACCUUAAGGACAAUAAUCAUGGCUCCAGAUUUUCGUACAGGUAAUGUCUGGGGAUCUUUUUGUGACAUCUCAAGAUUAAUCUCGUUGAGAGUUCUCUGUGUGCCUAACAUUGGAAUGUCGUUGUCAUCUUCAAUUCGCUAUUUAAAGCAUCUAAGGUACCUAGACUUUUCUUGCACCUCUAUCCAAUUGCUUCCCGAAUCACUUUGUAGCUUGCUUAAUUUGCAGACUUUGAAUCUGAAACAUUGUUAUAAACUUCGGAAGCUACCUAAGCGCAUGAGAUGCUUGAAAAAUCUUCGACAUCUUUAUCUGAAUGAUUGUUACAAUUUAUCUCAAAUGCCUCCACAUAUUGGACAAAUCACUUGCUUAAAAACUUUAACUCUCUUCAUCGUGGGUGAGAGGAGAGGUUGCCACUUGGCUGAAUUGAAAGGUUUAAAUCUUGGAGAAGAAUUACGUGUCACGCAUCUUAAUAGAGUGGGCAAUCUGAUGGAUGCCCAAGAAGCCAAUUUGGUCGAAAAACCGAAUCUACGCCACCUGGAAUUAUCUUGGGAACUUGAUAGUGAAUCGGAAUCUCAGGAAAAGGUUGAAAAAGUAUUUGAAAUUUUUUAUCCUCACUCAAACCUUGAAAUUUUGAAAAUUGAAGGUUAUAAAGGUGCCAAAUUUCCAGUUUGGAUGGAUUAUCAAAUUUUGAGUAAUGUUUUUUCUAUCACGCUCUCUGACUGUGAGAAUUGUCGACAACUUCCUCCCUUGUGGCAACUUCCUUGGCUUCGAUAUCUUGAAAUUAUAAAUUUGAUUAACCUGGAGUACAUUGUUGCAAGUUUCCAAGGCGAGAGAAAAUUCCCGUCUUUGGAGGAACUCUGUAUUGAUGGAUUGCCGAGGUUACAGAGGUUGUCAAGACAGGAUGGAAGCGAGUUAUUCCCAUGUCUUACGAAGCUAAAAAUUUACGAUUGUCCUGAAUUAACCCUGUCAUGCCUUCCUUCGGCAAAAAGUUUACGGAUUCAUUCUUGCAAUGGGGAACUUCUAAAAUCAAUCUCACAUUUCAGAACCCUUACUCACCUACAUCUUGAAACAAAUUACGAUUUAGUUUACCUUCCUCAUGGGAUUCUGCAAAAUUUCUCCUCUCUUCGCGAAAUGUCUAUUAGAAGUUUCAAAAAGCUUAAAGUGUUUGCCACAGAUCGAGCUAGCCUCAGUGGUCUUAAAUCGUUAACAAUUUCUCAAUGCCCUGAGCUUGAGGCUUUUUCGGAGCAAAUACUGGAAGGCCUAUACUCUCUUCAGCAUUUGACUUUAGAAAUGUGCAUAAAGUUCUCAAAUUUGUCAGAGGGGUUACGACAUCUCUCUGCCCUUGAAAGCUUGACACUUAAUGGUUGCCCUGAGUUGGUGACUUUUCCGAAUAGUGUCAAAUACCUUAGUUCCCUCCGUGAGUUGACAAUGUGUGGCGAACCCGCAGCAUUUUCUGGUGGCAGAAAUAUGAAUAAGAUUUGUGACUUGGUCUUUUCAACAGAAUGUGGCAAAGAACAUAUUAAUUGUCCAAAGUUGACAGUGUUGCCUGAGUCCAUGAGGUAUGUCCCUGCACUGCAAAAAUUGAGCAUAUGCCGGUACCCUGAACUAGCAUCAUUGCCUCACUGGCUAGGAGACCUAACAUCUCUUGAGUCUUUGAAUAUUUAUAAAUGCCCAAAGUUGUCAUCUCUUCCAGCCAGCAUCCAGAGCUUGACCAAUCUACAAAAUUUGCUCAUAUCCAAAUGCCCUGAACUGGUGAAGCGAUGUGAGAAGGAAACAGGAGAAGAUUGGUACAAGAUAGCACAUGUUGGGAACAUUAUUGUGAAGUUACACUGAAUAAUUACUAGUUGCAUCAAGUUGGGCGGUAUGAAGAACUAGUGAUAUUGCAGGAAUGCCGUGAAGGUAUGAACUGUUAGUUGAUGCUUAUUGCAUAAUUAUUAAUUAAUGUGAAACUUUCAUGUAAUAUUAUCUGUAUGCACAUGUUUUUGCUUAAGUAUAUAACCAAAAACCAUGAAAAGGCUCUGUGAUCAAUUUCAUUUUGGUUAUGCUUUUCUCCUUGUAUGGAGAGAACUAUACCAAAUUGCCACAUACUGGUUUUUCAUAUUCAUUUGUAUCUAAAUUCUUAUGGAAUUCAACUGGUUUGCUUGGAAGGAAGAUUUAUUUAAAUUUGCAAUUAAAUUUAACAAUUGAAGAAGGUGACAGUUUCAAGCCUCAAAGACUUGAACCUUUGGGUCAACUUAAAUUAAAUUAGAAUGCAAUUAAUUGUAGAUUAUCUACAAUGA